AUGUCUCACGAUCAAUCGCAUCAGCCAAGUAGGGUUUCCUCGCCACCAGAACAUGCAACAGGCUUGCCUCGACCUUGCUCCAACCUGACGAUGCACCAACCUGGCGGGCUGAACCCGCUGCAGAAAUGGGCCGCGUCCGCCUCGGAUUCGCAGUUCAAUGCGGUAGCAGGCGCUGUAGGCGGCUUCACGUCCGGCGUCGUCACCUGUCCCCUCGACGUUAUCAAGACAAAGCUUCAAGCGCAGGGCUUGUACAGGGUGCUUCACGAUGGACGACACGUUGGACAGCCGAGAAUGUAUAACGGCCUGGUCGGAACGGCCCGCGUGAUAUGGCGAGAAGAGGGCAUUCGGGGCAUGUAUCGCGGGCUAGGUCCGAUCGUCAUGGGAUACUUGCCCACAUGGGCCGUCUGGUUCACCGUGUACAAUAAGAGCAAGGUCUGGCUGGGCGAGCACUACGAAAACACACAUCUGAUCAACUUUUGGUCGUCAAUCAUUGCCGGUGGCAGCAGCACGAUAGUCACGAAUCCCAUCUGGGUCAUCAAAACUCGGCUCAUGUCACAGAGCCACGUCCCCGCAAGAGACGACGCUGCGGAUCACCUGCUUCCCAAGCCUGGAAAGACACCGAAGCCGAACCAUCCUUGGCACUACCGAUCCACCCUCGAUGCCGCCAGGAAGAUGUACACGUCCGAGGGCCUACUAUCCUUUUACUCUGGUCUCACGCCCGCGCUCCUUGGCCUGACGCACGUGGCAGUUCAGUUCCCCACGUACGAGUACCUCAAGACCAAAUUUACCGGCCAAGGAAUGGGCGAGGGGUCCGGGGAAGCCCAUUGGUUCGGCAUUCUUUCCGCAUCGGUGCUCUCCAAGAUCCUGGCAAGCAGCGCGACGUACCCGCACGAAGUUAUCCGAACCCGUCUUCAGACGCAACGGCGACCGGUGGCCGGCGAGCAGUUUCUGCAAGGGUUGGGAAUGCCCGCGCCAGAACAGGGCAAACCGACCUCGGGCGGAGGUCCCAAAUACAGGGGAAUCAUGACGACUUUCCGGACGAUACUGCGGGAAGAAGGCUGGCGGGCAUUCUACGCCGGCCUGGGAACCAACAUGAUGCGAGCUGUGCCCGCAGCCACGGUCACCAUGCUGACAUACGAGUCUGUCAUGAGAUUCCUGCACCAGGUCAAGGAAGAAAGCCAGAGCGUACGUCACGAUUACGAAGAUUGA